GCCCGGCCCCGCCCUGUGCGGGAACAGUCCCGGCCCGGCUCGCCACGGCAACAACGGACGCGCGGCGCCCGAGGAGAGGAACCCCACCAAAACCACCACCCGAAAGCCAGCGCCCGCCCGCCCGGCGCCCCGGCCGGGUGCCCCUGCCCCUGCCCGGCUGCCCCCACCGCGGCAACGCCCGGCCCGUCGCCAUCCGCCACGCUCCCACCAUAAAGUCGCCACGGCCAGUGCCCGUGCAGCCGCAGCGAGAGCGUGGCGGCCGGGACGGGAACGAGCAGGAACCGCGGCCCGCACGCAUCGAAGACGCCGCUGCUGCUGCGGUGGUGGGCUCUGGCGCUGGCGCAGGGGCGUGGGGGACGGGACUGUCGCUGGCUGGCGCAGCCCCGCCCCGCGAGCGGCGCCUGCGGGGGGACAAGCGCAUUAAUGCCACUGCCGCCUCCGCCGAUUUAACUGCCCGCUCCCUUUUCCGCCCUCACCUAUCCGGCGCCCGCCCGCCCGCCUCGAAGGUUGCUGCCUGCCAUCAACGUGCCGCGCGCGCGGAUAAGGCCGACGACGCCGACCGAGCCGAGAGAGAGGAGGCAGAUGGGGAUCGAUCUCAACGCCGUGGAGGAGGACGAGCUGGCGGGGCCGGCGGUGUGCGGGGAGCUGUGGCACGCGUGCGCGGGGGCGGGGGUGGCGCUGCCGCGGCGGGGCGGCGCCGUCGUGUACCUGCCGCAGGCGCACCUCGCGGCGGCGGGCGACGGCGGGGAGGUGCCGGCCAGUGCCGCGGCGCGCGUCCCGCCGCACGUCGCGUGCCGCGUCGUCGACGUCGAGCUAUGCGCGGAUGCGGCGACGGACGAGGUGUACGCGCGGCUCGCUCUGGUGGCAGAGGGCAAAAUGUUUGGCCGAAACAACCAUGAUCGUGAAACUGAAGUGAAUUGUGAGAUGGAGGAUGGUGAUGGAGGAAAGAAGCUACGAACGUCACACAUGUUCUGCAAGACACUCACAGCUUCUGAUACAAGCACACAUGGAGGAUUCUCUGUUCCUCGGCGUGCUGCUGAGGACUGCUUUCCACCAUUGGACUACGAGCAGCUUAGGCCUUCCCAAGAGCUCAUUGCCAAGGACUUACAUGGCAUGAAAUGGAGGUUCCGGCAUAUCUAUAGAGGUCAACCACGUAGGCAUCUUCUGACAACUGGAUGGAGUUCAUUUAUCAAUAAGAAGAAAUUAGUCUCAGGGGAUGCGGUCUUGUUUCUUAGAGGUAAUGAUGGCGAACUAAGAUUGGGUGUAAGGAGAGCAGUUCCAUUGAAAAAUGAGCUUCUUCUUGAAGCUGUCAACAGUACCGAUUCAAAGCUACGUACACUGUCUGCCGUGGCCAGUUCCUUGGAGAACAGAAGUAUAUUUCACAUAUGUUUCAAUCCAAGGACUGGUGCGUCAGAAUUCAUUGUGUCAUAUGGAAAAUUCUUGAAGGGCUUGAACUAUCCCUUUUCGACUGGGAUGAGGUUUAAAGUUGGUUUUGAGAACGAAGAUGCUAACCAGAGGUCUCAUGGAUUGAUCUCAGGUAUUAGUGAAGUUGAUCCCAUACGCUGGCCUGGAUCAAAAUGGAGAUGUCUCCUGGUUAAAUGGGAUGAUGAUACUAAGUGCAACCACAGGAACAGAGUAUCUCCAUGGGAUAUCGAGGGCAUUAGCAGCUCAAUUUCAAUGACUAAUUGUCUUUCAUCUGUUUCGAAGCGAACAAAAUUGUGCUUCCCUCAAGGUGAUUUGGAUGCACCAAUUCUAGAUGGAAAUGGUCGUCCGGACUCCAUGGAAACUGAAUGUUUCCACCGGGUCUUGCAAGGUCAAGAAUUGGUGCGCACCCGGACUCAUGGUGUUGCAUGGUCUCAUUCAUCAGAUACCCCCAAAUGCCAAGGCUCUUGUGAAAGGAGAUUCUCUGCUGAUGUGUGGAACUGCAAGAUGAAUGAUGCAAUGAGUGGGUUCCGGCACCGAAAUGCCAAUGGGUUUGCUUACCAGCCCCUAGGCUUCAGUGAAUCUGUCAGAUUCUCAGAGGUCUUGCAAGGUCAAGAAAUGUCUCAGGCGGUUCCUUCCUUCCUUGGAGCUGCUUUAGAUGCUCGCGUACAGAAUGGCAGAAUUGGCUCGUUCGAUUACGUGCAUAGAUCAACUGUUAGUCAAGGCUAUCCUCUCCAGCAAUUUAAUCUGCCAGCAACAGAAGUGCAUUCACCCUCUUCUGUUCUUAUGGUUAAUCAAACCACGGCACUACAACCUGAGUUAGAAGGUAUGACCAACCGUGAAGAAGCAAAUGGCAGCCGAUACGCGCCCAUUGCAGUGCGGAGAGAAGCUGAAAGGUGGCCAUCUACACAGCAGCCAAGGGCAAGUGGAAAUGGAAGCGAGGUUUUCAACACAACUGAAGCCUCAGCUCCAGCAACUGCUGCUAAGCCCGUCGACAGGGGAGUCGGGAGAAGCAGCUGCAGGCUUUUCGGAUUCUCCUUGACGGACAAGAUCCUGGGAGCAGAGGAGGAUGGUGUGAAGGAAGGGAACUACGAAGCGGAUCAUCAGACCCCACGGGCGCUGGACUUGUUUGGGCACAGCCAAUCUGCACCCAGUGCUCUGCAUGCUCUCUGCGCAGCUCCCUUGGGAAUCUGAUGCUGCUUCAGUGUUAGCGGUUGGAUUCAUGUAAUCCUUGAGCCAUUUCCGUUGCCUGUGAAAGUUUGGACCAUGUGGUUCGUCGAAUGAAAACCACAUCAAACAUCAUGUCCAACGUAGGCUACUGUAUGCUGAUGCAUCGUCUCUUAAAAUUAGUGACUGCUAUUUCCUGCAAAAGCAAGGGUAUUUGUUCCCUA